AUGUCGGCCGACGUCGUUGACGGUCAGAAAAUGGGCGACACAUCAGACGCAAAAGUGGCGGAAGGUUGCCUUACAAACGGUCUGAAGGGUGUAGCUACGAUGCAAGAUGCACAUGGAGGUAAAGAUUCCGAUAUCCGCAACACCGAAAGCACGGUGGAAGACUGGAGGAGGCGUGCCGAGGAGAUAAAUCACGCCUGCCCGCCAACCAGUGGUUGUCUUGCCGCCGGAGAGCGGAAUGUGCAGCGUGCUACGCCGGAGGAGACCCUCCGCUGUCGAGUGCCGUGGGCUCCCCUUAGGAGACAAAAGACACCAAUCAGCAGCAUAUGCACAAGCACGCAGAUGCCCUUCUGCACUGCUCUCAGCCAACAGGAGGCUGAACGUCUCGUGCCGCAGUUCGUAGCGCUUCAGCAAUGCAGCAGGCAGGUGACAGGGGAGUACACUGUAGACGCCACCACGACAUGCGCGGUGCUGGUUGUCGGUGCGGGUGGGCUGGGCUCGCCGCUGCUGAUGUACCUCGCCGCGGGAGGGAUAGGAAUCAUCGGGGUAAUGGACGGAGACGUCGUGGAGGCGUCCAAUCUACACAGGCAAAUUGUUCACGACGAGGAAAAUCAAGGCAUGAACAAAGCGUUAUCGGCGGUGUUGAGGAUGAAGAAAAUCAAUUCACGGGGAACAUACAUCGCAUAUGAGCGUUUCUGCGGCGAAGACGAGGCGGAAAACGUGAUACCGCAAUACGACAUCAUAGUUGAUGCCACGGACAACCCGCAAUCUAGGUACCUCAUCAACGAUGCCUGUGUGAAGUACAACAAGACGCUCGUUAUCGCAAGCUCCAUAGGGACACAAGGCCAGCUCAUGGUGUUAAGCCGUAUGGCUGAUGCACAUUUGACGCCGUGCUUCCGUUGCAUCUGCCCACUGGAGGGAAAUGCAACCAUUCCGGUGCGGAGGGGGGCGUGCAGCACUGCCGGGGUGCUCGGGUCAAUACCCGGGGUGUUGGGUUGCCUGCAGGCUACGGAGGUGCUCAAGCUUGCUGCCGGGGCUGACGAUGCCGUUUUGGCACCAGGCCGCAUGCUCAUGUACGACACUACGAACGUCACGAAACCCUUCAGAUGCGUCCAGCUGAAGAAGAACCCAAAUUGUACAGUCUGCGGGCAGGACGCCGAGUCUAUUCGCAUCAAGAUGGUUCCCUGGGAAACCUGCAAGGUCAACGAGCAAAUGGAUGAUGUUGCGAUCAGCAAUGACGACUUUUGGCACCUUUACAUGCGGAAUACUCACAGAGGAAUGCCCGUAAAAACAUUGUGCCGCCUAUCUGGUCGCGAGGCUUUAUCUGGCUGGCAGGGCGAGCCGUGCACUGUCUGCCUCGUCGACGUCAGACCUAGGGAACAUUACGAACUCUGUCACGUCACAGGUGCCGCUAACUGGCCCUUGGACAACCUGGUAGACGAAUUCGCCAUAAUAGAAUCACGACAAGAAGACGCCAAAGCAACUACGGAGGCAUCGUUACACGAAAUAGAAGAACUAAUAGAAUCAAGGUGCAUCGGUGACAAAGUUGAGGGUAAAAUUCUUAUACUAUUCAUUUGCUUCCUCGGUAACUCUUCAAGGACCGCAACAAUGACGGUACGGAAGGCUAUCAACAGGUUGGCGCCAACUCUGGCAGAACGGAUAGCCUGCCUCUCUGUCGCCGGUGGUUGCAGAGCGCUGCGAACUCGCCUAGGAAUUGCAAUGCCAUCAGCCUGA